UUAACUAAUUCCCAACAAUAACACUUCUUACCAAUCUCCAAAUUACCAAUCUUCCCAUGCAAACUAUAUGAUUCUACCAACAUCACUUUCCUUCCUUUAAAGCUACAUCCCCAAGUCAUGGAUGUUCCUUAUCAACCAAAAAAAAUGGGAGACAAUUACAGUCAAGAAUUCAUCUUCCGCAGCCGGCUCCCACCGGUGGUGGUGCCCAACAACAUGACGCUGCCUGAUUUCGUGCUUGAAGAUGCUGAAUUGUAUGCAGACAAGGUAGCAUUUGUGGAGGCUGUGACCGGAAAAUCAUACACUUAUGGUCAAGUUGUGAAGGACACCAAGAGAUUUGCCAAAGCCUUAAAGUCGCUUGGGUUAAGGAAAGGACAUCUGGUGAUCUUGGUGCUACCCAAUAUUGCAGAAUACGCCAUUGUUGCUCUGGGUAUCAUGGCUGCCGGUUGUGUCUUCUCUGGUGCAAACCCAACAGCUCAUGCUUCAGAAAUAAAGAAGCAGGCACAACUAGGUGACGCCAAGCUCAUUGUCACAGAUACAAUAAAUUAUGAAAAGGUGAAGAGUGCAGGAUUACCUGUGAUUGUUUUAGGUGAAGAACGAGUUGAGGAGGCCAUGAACUGGGAAGAUUUGCUUGAAGCAGGAGACAAAGCAGGGAAUAUUAAAGAUGAAAAAAUUGAACAAACAGAGAUUUGUGCGCUUCCAUUUUCAUCAGGAACAACAGGAUUAUCAAAAGGCGUAAUGCUAACUCACAGAAACCUAGUUUCCAAUCUCUGCUCCUCACUUUUCAGCGUCGGAUCAGACAUGAUAGGUCAAGUCACCACUCUCGGACUCAUUCCAUUCUUCCACAUUUACGGCAUCACCGGAAUCUGUUGCGCCACUCUGAGAAAUAAAGGGAAAGUUGUAGUGAUGAACAGAUUUGAACUCAGAACUUUGUUAAACUCACUCAUCACUCACGAAAUCACUUUUGCCCCAGUUGUACCGCCGAUUGUGUUGAGUCUAGUUAAGAAUCCGAUAGUCGAUGAAUUUGAUCUGUCGAAGCUUAAACUCAGAGCUAUUUUGACGGCAGCAGCUCCGCUUGCUCCGGAGUUAAUUACAGCAUUCGAGAAGAAAUUUCCUGAUGUUCAGAUCCAACAAGCAUAUGGACUUACUGAGCAUAGCUGCAUCACGCUCACUCAUGGAGAUCCAGCUAACGAUCAUCCAAUUGCAAAGAAGAAUUCUGUCGGUUUCAUUCUUCCUAAUCUUGAAAUUAAGUUCAUCGAUCCUGAAACUGGGACAUCUCUUCCCGCCAACACCCCCGGAGAAAUCUGUGUUAGAAGCCAAUGCGUGAUGCAAGGUUACUACAAGAAUGAUGAGGAGACUGCACGGACAAUAGAUGAGAAUGGAUGGUUACACACUGGUGAUGUUGGGUACAUAGAUGGUGAUGGAGAUAUUUUCAUUGUGGAUCGAAUCAAAGAGUUAAUCAAGUAUAAAGGGUUUCAAGUAGCUCCGGCAGAGCUGGAAGCUAUCCUCCUUGCUCAUCCCUCAGUUGAAGAUGCAGCAGUGGUGCCGCUGCCAAAUGAAGAAGCAGGUGAAAUCCCAGCAGCUUGUGUGGUGAAAAAUCCAAAAGGGGAAGAAAGUGAAGAAGAGAUGAUAAAGUAUGUUGCAUCAAAUGUUGCACACUACAAGAAAGUGAGAGUUUUGAAAUUUGUGGAUUCCAUACCCAAGUCUCCAUCAGGCAAGAUCAUGAGAAGACUUCUUAAGGAUAUCAUGAUAGCCAAGAUGCAACCAAACCCCAAUCCAAUUCCAUGAUAUAUAUUCAUAAUCAAAUAACUCCAAAGAUAUAAGU